AUGGUCAAGGCGGCAGUAGAAGCACUCCUCAACGUCAAACACUGGGUCAAGGCGGCACGCUCGCGCAUUGUCCGCAUGGCAUCCGGCGAGGGCACUCCAGGAACUCGACUUGCGCCAAUGCAAUCUGGCACCAACGACACCAAAAUCGGUGGUCGUCUCGAUUUCGGCGACAGAUUCACCAAAGCCGACGGCAAGGAGUAUCGACGUCUCAAGUUUCAGCUCAACAAGAAAGCCGAUAACAAGACUGUGGCAGAGCUGGCGGGUCAGGAUUCUCACAAAGUCUGGGCCGAAGCAGACGUGCCCAUAGGCUCUGAUGCAGACGCAGACGAGGUGGUGGAGGAUGUGUUCGAUGCUCUGGAGACGGACCUGAAGAAGAAGCUGUGA